CCUCAUUUCGCUUCACGGAAGGCUUCAUUCGGAUUUCUCUCGUUCUAUCCCUUCGGCCAUAGUCAGAGAAUGAUUCGUCACGUCCACGGUCGUCAUGAAGCACCUUCUGGUCCAGGUUAGACGCCCGGUGACUACUGCAGCGUGCACGCGAUUUAGGGCGCUAUCGGCCUGCAACCCGACUAAAAGUCCUGCAUCCACCCCAAGACGAUGGCAACACGACGCUUCCUCUGAGUCUUCUUCUGAUCUAUUCAACUACACAUCCGGUCGAUGGAUCCAUGACGAACCGCACCACCAAUCCAAGCGUCGUCGCCCCUUCAACGUCCCCGAGCUUAAGCGCCUAGCUGCCUCCGCGCUCUCCGUCCCCGCAACCGAAGUCUCAGACCUGCGCAAACUGGGCGAGGGCGGCUUCAACCGCACUUUCCUACUCACCCUGCGCGACGGCCUCACCCAACUCGUGGCCCGCAUCCCCUACCCAGCCACCGAGCCCAAGUACCUCUCCGUCGCGAGCGAAGUAGCCACCCUCGAGUACCUCCGGCGACGAGGAUUCCCUGUGCCGCGCGUGCUGGGGUAUGACGCAACGUCAGACAAUGCUGCGGGUACGGAGUACAUCUUCAUGGAGGUGGCACCGGGGCGAUGUCUGCGGGAGUGCUGGGCGGAGCUGACGACCGCGGAGAUGGCACGCGUGGUGGAGCGGAUCGUGGCGCUGGAGGCGAGACUGAUGGCGCUUGAAUUUCCGGUCGCCGGGAGUCUGUUUCUCGAGCAGGAUUUACGGUGCAUGGAGACGGUGCGGAUUACGGACCCCUGUACAGAAGAUGAGGGUGUGCCGGAGGAGGAGAAGGGGGGUCAGUUCUGCGUGGGACCGGAUGUGAGCCGGGGGCUGUGGUUGGGCAAACGGCGGAUACUUCCGGUGCAUCGUGGGCCAUACACGAGUCCCGUCGACGUAAUGACUGCCGGCGCAAGGAAGGAGAUCGUCUACCUGGAGGAAUACGGCCAGCCCGUGCGCACCUCGAAGCCUCUCCCUCACCACCCCUACAAGCAGUCGCCGAGGGAGUACAUCGACAGCCUGACCAACUACCUCCGGGUCGCGCCGUCCCUCGUCCCCAACGACCCAGCCCUUACACGCAACACAAUCCGCCACCCCGACCUACAGCCCAGCAACAUCUUCGUUUCCGACGACCUGGAGAUCACAGGCCUAAUUGACUGGCAAUACACGACCAUCCGCCCGCUGUUCCUGCAAUGCGGGGUACCAGCCAAUUUCCAGAGCGCCGACGGGGAGAUCCCCAGCCUCCUGCACGAACCCACCCUGCCGGCCGGCUUCGAACGGCUCAGCGAAGCGGACCAGAUGCGCGAGCGGGAGCUCUUCCGCAGUCGCCAGCUGCAUUACUUCUACCUCACGGCGACGGCCCAUCUCAACCCGCUGCAUCAGGCGGCCUUGACAUGCGACCUGGGGGUGUUGCGGCGAAGCCUGUGCCACCAGGCCGCUGCGCCCUGGGAUGGCGAUAAUGUGACGCUCAAGGCUGAUCUGAUCCAGUUGGGUAUGAACUGGGACCGGAUCGCAAGGCCGGAGGAGGCGGAUUCGACCUGUCCGAUUGAGUACGGUCAGGAGGAGGUGUCGGAGUGUUUGCAGCUGAAUAAUGUGCAGGUGGAGAUGGAGGAGCAGGAGCGGCUAUCGAGGGAGGCGCUGGGCGUGGGGUCGGAGGGCUGGGUGUCGCCUGAGCGAUAUGAGGAUGUCAAAGCGUGCGAAGAUUUGUUGAAGGCUGUGGGGUUCAAUGUUGGCGAUUCCAGAAAUGAAAGGGUUAUGGCAUGAGGAGGUAUGUGCAGACUUGGCCUCGUGGUACGUGCUCGGAGAGACUGCCGCCUGGCAACAAUGAAUCGCAAGUGGCUAUUGAUGGAGUAGGUAGCUUGAGCUUAUGUAUCGACGUUAGAAAAACAGACCAAUUGCUAGGUUGUAUAAGAAUCUCAACACAGUCUAGAUGAGAUUGAUACAAG